CACAAUAUUAUUAUAGAACAUGCAUCAUUUAUUCAGUAACUUAAUUUCUUUGAAAAACUCUUAAAUGACUGUGUUACUCAGAUUUGGGUGAGUUUUAGGGCCAUUUGAGAAUGCCCUUAUUAGCCUGGUGUUGUAAAAGCCUUAAGGAUAAGGGCAGGCUAAUUCCAUAUCCUUUGGGUCUGGUCAGAUGCUCUCUAAUCCUAGGGGCCUAGAAACCUCUUGUAUACCUUGAAGUAGAGGCAUUUGGAGUAGUUUCCUUCAUUAGUGUUUCCCAGGAGCUGCCCCUUCUUAGUUCUGUUGCAUAAACUGGCAACCCUAAUGUAUUCUUCAAGACUAUGGGGCUGAUCUUGGGGACUCUAACAUUCUUUAUUAGGUCAAACCAUGUGGAAUUAUUACUGCUAUUUGACUAUGAGCUACAAAAACAGCAGUGUCAGCCAGGUGCCUUGGUGCAUGCUUGUAAUUCCAGCGGUUCAGGAGGCUGAGGUAGGAGGAUUGUUGCCUCAGCAACAGCAAGGUACUAAGCAACUCAGUGAGACCCUGUCUCUAAAUAAAAUAUAAAAAUAGGGCUGGCAAUGUGGCUCAGUGAUUGAGUGCCCGAGUUCAAUCUCUGGUACCACCUAAAAUUGGGAUUUAGAUGUCCACCUAAAAUUGGGAUUGUUUACAUUAUAAAUUCAAAUGUACUUCUUGUGUAUUAGGGAUAUGGAUCUGUCUUAUUUGAUAGAAAUGUCUUAAUUUUUUUGUUCAGAACUUCCUUGUUUAGAAUUUAAAUUUUUAAGCAUAUAAAUACAUUUAUUCUUUUCCUUAUAGCUUGUUUUUCUAGAAAUAUUGCUCAUCUUUAAGUAUGCCCCCUGUUGCUUAGGGGCUUUUAUUCAAAUGUGGCUGCCACUCGGAAACCUCUGAGAGCAAAUGGUGAGCCCUGCUUCUUUCAAGUCUGGUACAGACUCUGGUGUUUUAGAUACUUAUUAGUGUCCUCAAUCACAAAAUAUUCAGAGCUCUCAAUUCAUGCCCAGGUUAAAAAUAUGUAUACUUGGGGGGCUAUUUGCCCUGUACCAGACUAGAUAACCAAAAAACUAGAUAUCUAAACUAUAUUUUCUCAUCUUUCCCAGAAAUGCUUUCUCUGACUUAUAAUUUUAUUUUGUGACUUCAUUCUCUCCAUAGGGUCUCUUUAAAUAGUUAUCAUCUUAAAGUCCAUUAUUAAAGAUGUUCGAGUUACCCAAAUAUUCCAUAUUUUGGAACUUGUACUAAAAUUAUUUCUCUAUGGAAUUAAUUCUAGGGAAAGAAAAGAUUUGAUUUCUGACCUCGUUUGAGGAAUAUCUCAUCAGGACUUGUGGCUUAAUUAGAGCAUGGUAACUAGGGUGCCUGGCAAUACUUUGGUCUCAAUUUUAUUAUAGUUCUUAUUUGCUUAAUUUUCUAACUUUUCGUUUGGAUACUCUUGGACAUAAAUGUGUAUAAAUCUAAAUUUAAUUUUAAAAGUUUAAUUCUUCUCCUAAAUACUGCGAUUUUUCUGUGCUUUUGGGAAGGUUCGGUUGCAAUUGCAUCUGCCAUGGUAAAUAUUCCUGGGAUAAUUAGGGGUCUGUCAGAGGGAACUGGUGCAUAUUGGUAGAUGUGAGUCGGCCUGAUGGUUUUUAUAUGUUGUACUGGUUGGAUCACUAAGUACAAAUGCAACUUUCAAAUUUUCAUUGUUGGAAAGAAGUCCUUUAAUUUUCACGUAGAAUGGCAUCCUAAAACACAAACUUUGAAAACAACUACUAGAAAGGUUCUAGUUCUUAGCACCCAAAAUGAGGGAUCUGCAUUAUGCCUACUCCAGUGUGAUACCUCUUUCUUUGUGUAAAUGCAGGGUAGCAAGUAGAGUUUCAAGUGACUGUCAAGAACAGGACAAGUGAAGGGGCUGACUGGACUUGGGGUCAGCAGAGUCAGUCCUGGUGAUAACAGUGUUCAGCUGAAGAAAUCAGGACCUCAUGGCUACGAGGAGGUUUCUCAGAAAUUCACCUCCAUAAGGCGAGUCCGUGGCGAUAAUUACUGUGCACUGAGGGCCACACUGUUCCAGGCAAUGAGCCAGCUGGCUGCGCUUCCCCUCUGGCUUCAGGAUCCGGAGCUCACGCUGUUACCUGAAAAACUGAUACACAAAUACAGCUGGAUCAAGCAGUGGAAACUUGGGCUGAAAUUUGAUGGGAAGAACGAGGACCUGGUUGAAAAAAUUAAGGAAUCCCUCACCUUGCUAAGGAAGAAGUGGGCAAGCCUGGCUGAAAUGAGAACUGCUGAAGCAAGGCAAAUGGCUUGUGAUGAACUGUUCACAAAUGAAGAAGAGGAAUACUGCCUCUAUGAAGCUGUAAAAUUUCUAAUGCUAAACAGAGCCAUUGAACUAUAUGAUGAUAAAGAGAAGGGAAAGGAAGUGCCAUUUUUCUCUGUGCUCCUGUUUGCUCGGGACACAUCGAAUGACCCUGGACAGCUACUGAGGAACCACUUAAACCAGGUGGGACACACUGGUGGCCUUGAACAGGUUGAAAUGUUCCUUCUUGCCUAUGCUGUGCGUCAUACCAUCCAGGUGUACCGGCUCUCCAAGUACAACACUGAGGAGUUCAUUACAGUCUAUCCCACUGACCCACCCAAGGACUGGCCGGUGGUGACCCUCAUCGCUGAGGAUGAUCGGCACUAUAAUAUCCCUGUCAGAGUAUGUGAGGAGACAAGUCUGUGAGAGACUCACCUGCCUGGACAGUCUGAGGACAUGGCAAAAGUGCACAGGCAGCUCCUCAGCAUGGGCUCAGGCCUCUGCUGGUCUCUAAGAGCAGUCUGUGAGAACUCUUGGGCCCCUGGGAGCCAAGUUGGACUGGGGUGUUCUGAAGACUAACUUUUCAUAAUAAGAACAACUGUUUUCCCUUAUCUGGGACCCAAUGUGUUUCAUUGGGACCUUCAGAGCAUACCUUUGGAAAGUGCAUACUGCAUUUUCGUAAAGCAAAUACUUUGUUUUAGAGGAAACUCAUUUUGAAGAAUAUGUUCAUGGUCUCAAGUCAAAAUUCUCUCUACUGGUAAACUGGCUUUUAAGUUUUAAGAUGGUAAUUUUUCUUUGGUGGAAAUGGGUCUCUGUAGUGAUCAUUCUAUGCAGUCUGCUUAAGUGGUACAAUUGUGGGAGAUUUGUUAAUGGCACAGUCAUCAUCCUCGGAUAUUCUAUCUUAUGGAGGGAUGAGCAGUGAUUCAGACUUACAUAUUAAGUAAUGCUAUUUUAAGCAGAUGGUCUCAUAGAAGAUGAAGAAUUGGGCCCCAGAGUGGGUUGUUUGGAGGCUUUUUUCAAGUUUGGAGGAGAUACAGUGGAAUCUAGUGAUUGUUACAGGUGUCUACUGUCCCCAAUGUUCCAGAGUCUGGGACAUGGUACAGGUCCCUAUUAGCAUGGAUGAAUGUUUCUUGUAGUUGUACUCCAGUGUCAGGGGCUGUUAAUUAUUCUAAAGUUCCAAAGAGUCACAGUUUUAUAGUUAAAACAGAGUUUAUAUCCACCCAUGUGUUUAGAGGAGGAAUCUAAGGCCAUAUGAUUUCAGUCACUGCUCAGAGUUCAGAGGUGGGGACAAGCUGGGCUCCUGAUCUUCUCUUGCCCUUUUCAUGCUGUGUUUAAGGUAGCAUCAUUGCCAGAUCCAUGUAAUGGGCUGAUAUCCUGUUUGCUGGCAGGGGAUAAAUAACAGCAACCAACCUGAGAUUUUUCCUGAGCAAGCUAAAGCAACAGUGUGCAGAAGGGUGGCUGAGCCGUAUGUGUCCUUGCUUUGGCUUGGGCAGCCUGAGAAAAGCAGUGAUGACCUGCUGGGCACAGGCGAGGUGUUUACUGGAGCUGCUAAAGGGGACAGUGCUGCUGAGCUGGUCUGCAAGGGAUGUGCACUGUGGUCAUUGUUCAUGUGAACCAGACACAUCACUCUUCAGUAUUCUGUUGGCGGCACCUGAAUUGGCUCAACAUUUGUGGAGUUGAUGUUUCCCUCAAGUACUGAGCUUAUUUUAUAAUAAUUAAAAUCUAUUUGAUCUAAUUUAAUAUGAUUAAUAAGUUUUCUACACUUUUUGAAAAUCUGUGUCUGUUAAUAAAGAAUUAAGUCUUAGUUAAGAAAGCUCAGCCUGCACAAAGUAUUCAGACUGUUACAUUAGUACUUUUCCUAGUACCUACUUGGUGAUAUUCACCACAUUUUACUAGACAUGUAUCAAGUAGCAUUUUGAAUCAGAUUCUAUAAAUGUAUGUGAAUACUUUAGAGAGGCUUUGUGCUUUUCACAGUGAAAUACAUUGGUAUCUUAAAUAAGGAGGUACCUAGAAGCCCAAUUAAAGUAACAAUAAUGACUUCUUGGCUUUGACAAGUUUAGUAUUUGUAACUAUAUGAUAGGAAAUGUUUACCAUUCAUUUAUGAGUAUUCUUUUAGAGCAUAGCUUGAAAUAUUUAGAUUAUACUUGGCAAUAGAGAUUUAUGCCCUUGGGAUAUAUUGAAUCUGACCAUUGGUUCAUAUACAUUAUUGAAUGUGAAUAAUAGGAUAUUAAAAAUCAUGAUUAAUGCAUUUUGAAAAUGUUCUAAUCUUAGUGAACUUGAACUGGACUUCUGGGCAAUUUGCUUACAUUUUAAAUUUAAGUCUACAGAAAUUGUAGUUUUAGCCACCACAUUGGUAAAAAUUUGAAAGGGGGUGUUUAUUUUAUGUUGCUUAUUGUUCAAAGACCUUCUCACACUGUGCUAUCAGACUGUCAUCCAGGUUUAGCAGAAUAACAUCAGAAAAGAAAGCUUUCAAAGAAAUAGUACUUAAUGAAAUAGAAAUGAUUAGUUCAUUUAAAAAUUCUUUUUUUUUUUUUUUGGUUGCAGUAUUCAAUAUUAGUUGCUCAGAGUCUUAAUUUCAUUUUUUAUUUUUGGUCUUGAGCUGGUGAGUGACAUCAAUAGUAUAGAAAUUGAAUUAAGAUAAAAAUGGAUUCAAGAGAAUAAUCUACUUAGAGGGAUCUUUAAAAUGGUAUGGUGUUCUAGAAGGGGGCAAGGUAGUGAGAACUACACUAUGCUUACUUUCUAAGAGUUUAUAUUGCAAGAGUUCAGAAGUUUAGAGAUAUUGGCAGAACUUAAACCUUUGAGUUCCUUUAAGGCACAUUUAAACCUAAAAGCAUUUCUCUGUGUCGUGUCCCAUGGAAUGAACAUUGCUUUUCCAGAACAUUUUCAGAUUCUCCUCUUCGCCUGAACUUCUGGAUGUUCAGCAUCCACUCUGCACUAGGAUCAGUGAUGGCAGUAUCAGGGAACAGGCAGCAUCUAUGGUCUCCAGCUUGUGAUAUGGGAAUAUGUGGGGUUUGGUCUGCAGUAUUACCAUUCCUUCUCUCUAGAAUAUCGCAUAUGAAAAUGUUUUAAGUGCAAAGAGCAGGAUUAAUCCUGUUUUCUUUAUAUAGCCACUUACACUUUUAUUACACUAUAAUAUAUUCUCUUAAUGUCUACUAAGAUGUUUUCCUUGGUUAAGGUGAGCAAAUAUUGGUUUUGAAUCCUUUUGUUCUACUCCCCUCUAGUUUUAGAGUUUAUCAGGUAAAAUCUCAUAGCUUGGGACCCAGUAGUAUUCUGAGAGGGUGGAUGUGAGCUGUCCCAUGUGAUUAUUUUUUUUUUCUAAACAAUAAAUUGAAAUUUAUAAUUGGGAAUGGUAAAAUGAAUUGGUAUGUAUAUUGAAGAUGUGGCGGCCAUUAAGUCUGGAAACAUGUUAAUCAUAUUGAAACAUCAUAUCAGUAGACCAUUUAUUAUGUCUCUCUUCCCAGGCCUCCUUUUAGCAUUUUGAAUGCCCAGAGGCUUCAGUAGCAUUAAUGGAGGAGGACACUGAUUGGAGUUUAAUUUUAGUUAAGCCCACUGAUUUCUUAGGUGUAAGUUUGGGUCAGGAAUGAAAUUGCCAAAUAUGGGUCAAUACAAAGAAAGAACACUGGAUUCAAAAUAUCCAGUCUUGGUAAUUAUAUUCCUAGUAACCAAGGAUGCUUGAGCUUAAUUAUAACUUCAAAAUAAUUUUUUAUACUCAGUUUUAGGAACUUUCACUUAUAUAUUGAAAAAUGCCUUGAUUUGUAUUUACAUAAGUGGUGCUAAAAAUACAGUACCUUUUAGAAGAACCUCAGGAAUCCAUGACUUGGGAGUAUUUCAGUGUGGGAACACAACCAGAAUUAACGUAUUUAGGGAUAUCUCUUCUCAUUUUUAUUGUGUUUGUAAUACUCUUUUGGUGGUGUUACCUUGCUUUUGGCAGUUUCUAACUUUCUAUAUUAUGGAUUUGAGGAGGAUAACAGCCCAAUGUUGUAACUUCUGCCAGAGUUAAUGGUGUUUUUCUUCCAUGGGGGAGUCUGCCGUGAAGGGAGAGCACUCGUGGGAACCCAACCCUGCUAGCUCGGCUUGUUUAACAUCAUCUCCUCUGUUUACACUAUAAGAUGUUUGAACUUGCCAAAAAUUUCUCCUGUUUUGAAAAACAUGCCCCUGAGGUUCUGGACAGUUUGAGGCCUUACUUCCCGUUGGCAAACUCAUCCAGAUUCCUGGCUCAGAGGGCAAGAGUUUCCUGUCACCUGUUGAGUCUCUCGUCUUCACUGUAGGGGCCACUCCUACUCUUGGAUUUUGCUGUUGAUCCCCUUUAGCAAACCUGGAUGCUGAGGAUUGUAAAAAUAAAUAACUAAAAAUAAACUCAAGAAGCCUG